AAAUGAAAUAGUCUCCUCUUCUCCCUGUCCCCAUAUAACAUGUUCCAGACACGUGUUUGCAGUGUUGUGUUCACACUCCCAAUUAAAGUGAGAAAAACCAGUCAGGCCUCUUUCACCCAUCUAAUUGCAAGGUGAAAAUAAUGAUUUUUCUUCUCUGUGUUGUCGAAGACAAAUAGAAACCAAGUUUUUCAUAAGCUCAUUGUCCAAAACCCAAAUAAAGGGCUAGAGUGCAGUGGCCUGAAGCAUCUGGCAGGAGACAGGGCAGGGUAUUUGCUCAUCAUCCGUCCUAAGGACCAGUGGCUCCCCUCUUUCCCUGUGUCACAUACAUACUUCAGCAUCCAUCACUGCUCUGGUGAGAUGAAGCCUCAUAUUUGAGGGUUUGAGGAGACUUUUAGGAGGUAAAGAAACUCUUUUGAAGGACACGAUGGGCAGCAUUGGCUUAGCUUCCAGUAUCUUAACGCAGUGAUCGCAACGUUCUUGCAGUGUUUCUCACCUUCUGGCACCUCCCUAAGUAAGGAAGACUGUGCCACUGCCACCAAGGCCCCUGCGGACACCCAGGUUGGAGGAGGGCAGGUGAAAUGGCCUCAAUCUUCCGGAGCGAGGAGAUGAACCUGAUGCAGCUCUUCAUGCAGGUGGAGGCUGCCUACUGCUGCGUGGCCGAGCUCGGCGAGCUGGGUCUAGUCCAGUUCAGAGAUCUGAAUGCGAAUGUCAACAGCUUCCAGAGAAAGUUUGUGAAUGAAGUGAGAAGGUGUGAAUCCUUGGAGAGGAUCAUGCGUUUUCUGGAAAAUCAUAUGGGAGACAGUGUUGAGAUGGUCAAACUAGAAAAGUACCCAGAGACCCCUCUGCCUCGAGAAAUGAUUGAUAUGGAGACCGUGCUGGAGAAACUUGAAGCUGAGCUGCUGGAAGCCAACCAGAACCAGCAAACGCUGAAGCAGAACUUCCUCGAGCUGAUGGAGCUCAAACAUCUGCUGAAAAAAACUCAGGACUUUUUUGAGGCAGAAACCAAUCUGCCAGAUGAUUUCUUCAGUGAAGAUACAUCUGGACUGCUGGAGCUGAAAAGCACUCCUGCUGCAGCUGCGAAGCUGGGAUUCACAGCAGGGGUAAUAAAGAGGGAGCGGAUGAUACACUUUGAGCGUUUACUGUGGCGAGCCUGCAGGGGAAAUGUCUACCUGAAGUACACCGAAAUGGAUACCCCCCUGGAAGACCCUGUCACAAGAGAAGAGGUGAAGAAGAACGUGUUCAUUAUCUUCUAUCAAGGAGAGCAGCUUAAGCAAAAAAUCAAGAAGAUUUGUGACGGAUUUCAUGCCACAGUCUAUCCCUGCCCAGAGUCUGUCACCGAGCGCCGAGAAAUGCUUGACGGAGUCAACACAAGGAUCGAGGAUUUAAACACAGUGAUAGCCCAAACCAAGUCCCAUUGCCAGCGACUGCUGCAUGAGGCAGCAGAAAACUUGUGGUCCUGGAGGAUCAAGGUGAAGAAAAUCAAGGCCGUCUACCACAUCCUGAAUUGCUGUAACAUUGACAUCAGCCAGCAGUGCGUCAUUGCAGAGAUCUGGUUCCCAGUGGCUGAUGCUAGCCGGAUAAAAAGAGCUCUCCAGCAGGGAAUGGAGCGCAGUGGCUCUGCUAUUGCUCCUAUCCUUACCGCUAUACAUACCAGAAUGGCACCACCCACCUUCAACAGGACCAACAAGUUCACAGCAGGAUUUCAGAGCAUCGUGGAUGCAUAUGGUGUGGGCAACUACAGAGAAAUUAACCCAGCUCCAUACACUAUCAUUACCUUCCCCUUCUUGUUUGCGGUGAUGUUUGGGGAUUGUGGCCAUGGCGCUAUCAUGCUGGGCUUUGCACUCUGGAUGGUCAUUAAUGAAAAGAGCCUUCUGGCCCAGAAAAGCACUAAUGAGAUCUGGAACACCUUUUUUAGUGGGCGCUACCUGAUCCUGCUCAUGGGCGUAUUCUCCAUGUACACUGGCUUCAUCUACAAUGACUGCUUCUCCAAAUCGUUCAACAUCUUUGGCUCUUCCUGGCAUAUCAUCGCCAUGUUUAGAAAUAACACUUGGAACCAGGAGGUGCUUCUGGGCAGUACGGAGCUGCAGCUGGAUCCGGCAGUCCCAGGAGUCUACUCUGGAAAUCCAUAUCCAUUUGGAAUAGAUCCGAUCUGGAGUAUUGCAUCGAACAAGCUGACUUUCCUGAACUCCUACAAAAUGAAGAUGUCAGUUGUCAUAGGGAUAGUGCACAUGAUUUUUGGGGUGAUACUCAGUCUCUUCAAUCACAUCUACUUCAAGAAACACAUAAACAUUAUCCUUCAGUUCAUUCCAGAGAUGAUUUUUAUUCUCUCUCUUUUUGGCUACCUAGUCUUCAUGAUUAUUUUCAAAUGGUGCCAUUUUGAUGUCAGCUCAUCCCAGAGUGCACCAAGCAUCCUCAUCCACUUCAUCAAUAUGUUUCUGUUCAGCUACAAUGACGCUUCAAAUGCUCCAUUAUAUCAGCAUCAGAAAGAAGUGCAGAGCUUCUUGGUCAUAUUUGCUCUGAUUGCUGUUCCUUGGAUGCUCCUAAUUAAACCUUUCAUCCUCCGAGCCAACCACCAGAAAGCACAGCGCAUGAUGCGGUCUCAAGCCAUCUCAGGAAACCCUGGAGGAGAAAAUGAGAUAGAUGUCCCGGAGACUAAUCAUUCCAAGAAAGCUUCCCAGGGAGACCACAGUGGUGGCCAUGGAGGACAUGAAGAUGGUGAUGAAGAGUUCAAUUUUGGAGACAUAUUUGUCCACCAAGCUAUCCAUACCAUUGAAUACUGCCUUGGCUGCAUCUCCAACACAGCAUCCUACUUGCGGCUCUGGGCAUUGAGCUUAGCCCAUGCACAACUGUCAGAGGUCCUUUGGACCAUGGUGUUGCACGUCGGGUUAAGCAACAGCAGCUGGGCUGGCCUUAUCAUCAUCUUCAUCAUCUUUGCGGCAUUUGCAGUGCUGACGGUAGCCAUCCUGCUGGUCAUGGAGGGGCUCUCAGCCUUUCUGCAUGCCUUGCGUCUGCACUGGGUGGAGUUCCAGAACAAGUUCUACGAGGGAGCUGGGUACAAAUUUUCUCCAUUCUCCUUCAAGCACAUCAUCAGUGGCACCACAGAAGAGUGAAUCCAGUGCAUUGCUGCUUUGCUCCUCAGACCAGGCUCUAUUUUCUUGUGGUAGCUCACCCACAGGGGAGGGUAUAUGGGAUGAAACAGAAUGGCAUGUGGCCCUUGAAAGAAGAGCAGCUGUAGAUGAAAAUAUCCUAGCUACAUUCACAUAUACUGCUGGAUCAGCUGAGAGCUGAACUACCUCAGCCAGGAUAGCUGGACCCUUGGCUGAGUGUCUCCACUGAUGUUUUUGCCAAGUACCUGGUCCUCAGCAUUUGGUCAGGUCAGCUGCCUACUGCUUGGUUGGAAAAAGGAGAUAUGCAGCUUUUGAAUUAAAUUGGUUCUUAAUAAUCAA